CAGUACAUUCCUCAGCGUUUCCGUUGCAACAGCAUCAUCAGGAUCGUUUUAUGACUGAGGAUAAUGGAUAACUAAUGAAUUUAACUGGAUUCUGAAGAAUUUAUACGAUCCGGAUCGGACAAUAUCUUGCAUAAAGGCACAAAGUAAAGGGAACAAUGUUCGAAAGUAUCUGCAAAGACUAUUCUUUUUGGGAUUCUGAAAAAGUGCUUCAAGCUACCCCAGAAUUCAGUCCAUGUUUCGAAGACACGGUGUUGGUAUGGAUUCCAUACGGAUACCUGUGGUUAACGCUUGUACCAUAUCUCCUCUAUCUGUCUAGGAGGGACCAGGAUCCACCUCUUCCUUGGACAGCAUUUAUGAUAACAAAAACGAUUUUGACAGUGUUUUUGUUCGCUUUGACACUGACAGAUGCGUUGCUGACGAAAGAAAAUGGAUACAGGUGCUCAAAUGGCGGUGACGUGCCACCAUCCGUAUACAUAGCGGAUGGAAUCAAAGCUGGAACAUUUCUUUUGAUUUUGAUACUGGAACAAUACAUGCGAGUUCUUGGAGUAAAAUCAUCUGGCGUCCCGUUUGUUUUCUGGUUGCUGAUAACUGUAGCAAAUCUGGUUCCAUUGUAUUCAGUAUCAGCUUCGGGGGUCUGGUGUUCUACAAGUACUCUGCUGUGUAUACAAUUUGGGUUCAUGUGUAUCCAAUUGUUUCUACGAUGUUUUGCUGACCAGUACAAAAACAGGGGAUAUCACGGACUUGACCCAGAUCCCUGUCCAGAGGAGAAUGCAUCAGUUUUGAACAAGAUAACCUUUUCAUGGAUUACUUCACUUGUGAUAAAAGCGUAUAAACAAACAUUAACAAGUAAAGAUUUAUGGACGCAAACUAGAAGACUUCAAAGUAAAAGAGUUGUUGGCCAUUUUCUAAGAAAUUGGAAAUUAAUAAAAAAUAAAAUGAAAGAACGAAAAAUUUCUAGAGCCAAGGAACAGUCGCAUACAUACAGCAGAUACAGCAAAGAUGACUAUCAGUCAGAACGGACACCGUUGCUAGGCAACGGGUAUGGUGAAGAACACGGUGCAAAUAAUGUUUCAUUUGGCACUUUACAUGCGGAUACCGACAUACAGGAGGGUCCUUCUAUAUUUAAAGUUGUGAUAAAAUCGUUCGGUUGGCUUUGGAUUGAAGCCUGUGGUUAUAAAAUAAUUGGGGAUGCAGUGAAUCUAUUGCAGCCUGUCAUUUUAAGAUACAUCAUCGACGUAAUAGAGAGGAAAGAUGACGCCAACGCUUACCCAGCAUGGAUCGGUUUUUCUUACGCCGUGGCUCUGUUCGUAACAAGUAUGAUCAAGUCCCUGGUUUGGCAGACUUGCCUACACAAUAUGAUAGGUCUUGGACUUACAAUUAAAACGGCACUCAUAGGCGCAGUUUAUCGAAAGGCAUUAACUCUUUCAAACUCAGCGAAGAAGACCUCGACUGUUGGAGAAAUUGUCAACCUGAUGUCUGUAGACUGUCAAAGAAUACAAGAUGCAUUCACUUUUUCGCAUCAUAUUAUUUCUUUACCUUUCGUUACUAUAGUUGCUAUGGUACAGUUAUGGAUGUUAAUGGGUGUGGCCAUGUUUGGUGGACUUGCAGUAGUCCUGGUAGCAAUUAUAGUGAACGGAGUUCUCGGGAGAAUGCAACAACGUCUUCAAAUACAAAUACUUCGUAACAAGAGUAAACGAGUCAAGAUUUUAAAUGAAGUCAUUAACGGAAUCAAGGUCUUGAAGAUGUACACUUGGGAGAUUCCAUUUCAAAAGAAAGUGUCUGCAAUCCGUAAGGAAGAAAUAUCUAGACUGUGGAAAUAUGCGAUGCUGACAGCUGUUGCAAUACUAUUUUCAAUCCAUAGUCCUUUUAUGGUGAACUACAUGCUGGUCCUAGUUUACACCUUGAUAAAGUCCGUACAUUAUCUUGACGCUCAAACGGCUUUUGUUGCUCUGUCACUUGUCAACAUCUUGCGAGGCCCGAUAACUCUUACUCCCUUCAUAAUCAACGGUGUUAUACAAGGGUAUGUAUCAUUGUGCAGAAUACAGGCAUUUUUAUGGAAGGAUGAUAUAAACGAAGAUAAUGUAGCAGUAAAAGAGUCUGGAGAGUAUAUGAUCAACAUUGAAAAUGGAAGUUUUACUUGGGACCGAAACGAUCCAAAAACAACUCUAAAUGGCAUUGAUCUAAAACUUCGUGAGGGACAAAUAUAUGCUGUUGUUGGUCAAGUGGGCUGUGGAAAGUCAUCUUUGAUCUCUGCAAUUCUUGGAGAAAUAGAAAAACUGGAAGGAACUGUUAACCUACGGGGUAAAAUAGCAUAUGUUCCACAAGAAGCCUGGAUACAGAAUAUGACUGUUAGGGACAAUAUUAUCUUUGGAAAUGAGUGGAAUCUAGAAAGAUAUAACAAAGUACUAACUGGAUGUGCAAUGGUUCCUGAUUUGGAAAUGCUGUCUGGUGGCGAUAUGACAGAAAUUGGCGAAAAGGGUAUAAACAUCAGCGGUGGACAAAAACAGAGAGUAAGUCUGGCUAGAGCAGUAUAUUCUGACGCAGACAUUUAUCUUCUCGAUGAUCCACUUAGCGCUGUCGAUUCUCAUGUUGGUAAACAUCUCUUCAAAAAUGUAAUUGGACCACAAGGGCUUCUUAAACGAAAGACACGUAUUCUAGUGACACAUGGAAUCCAUUGGUUACCAAUGGUGGAUAAAAUAUUAGUAAUAACAGACGGAAAGAUAUCAGAGACAGGGACUUAUGAAGAGCUUAUAUCAAGAGAUGGUCCCUUUGCAAAUCUAGUACAGACGUAUCUCGAAAACAACGAGUCAGAUGCAGAUGAUACCGAAGUACAUACAGCAAACGGUGUUCCUGACGACAUUGCUAUGAGUAAAUCUUCAACUAGAAGACGAAGACAUAAGUCCAGUGAGCGCGAAAAAUCAUUUGGAAUGUCUUUCACAAAAGAGCACAGUUCAAACAAAGAUAUGAAACGUAAUGAUCAGCUAAUGAGUCGCCUUGUACAGGAAGAGCAGUCACAGAAAGGGGCGGUAAAAUUUGCAGUGUUUCAAAAGUAUGCAAAAUUCAUGGGGUAUAUCGCUCUGUUGUUUGUAAUGCUGUUCAUGGUUGCUUUUCAAUCAUUGAAUGUAUUCUCAAACUACUGGUUGACAUAUUGGACUGAGGAUGAACUAAUGAAGAAUACAUCGCUAGGUUAUACAUCAGACUAUGAGGAGAAAUAUGUGUAUUAUUUGGUGUGUUACACUAUUAUAGGUGUAAUUCAAGGUGGUGCCAUUUUUGCUUUUGGAGCUCUUGCUUUAACAAGAAUGGUAAGGGCCUCUGGGAUUCUGCACAACUCAAUGUUGGAAUGUAUUCUUCGUUCACCAAUGUCUUUCUUUGAUACUACACCUGUCGGCAGGAUAAUGAACAGAUUUUCAAGCGAUAUAGAUGUGAUGGACGAUAGACUACCACUAAAUUUCCGAUUGUGGACUAUCCAGAUAUUUAGCACCGUGGCAACAAUUAUAGUAGUUUCCAUAAAUACACCAAUAUUCAUGGUAGUCAUAGUUCCUGUCACUAUUAUCUACCUCAUGUUGCUGAAAUUCUUUCUACCAACCGCUCGACAAGUAAAGCGACUUGAAUCCGUCCUCAGAUCUCCUAUAUAUAACCACUUCAGUGAAACCAUUACUGGCGUGAGCGUUAUAAGGGCAUACAAAUGUAUGGACAGAUUUAUCGAGGAGUCUGAGAAAAGAAUUGAUACAAACAUUAAAUUCUUUUUCGCUGCUCUCUCUGCAUCAAGAUGGAUAGCGAUACGACUUGAAACUUUAGGAAAUAUUCUCAUAUUGGCUGCAGCAGUAUUUGCGUUGAUAUCUACUGGUCUGAAUGGCGCUCAAGUUGGUCUUUCUAUUACUUAUGCACUACAGAUAACUAUUAGUUUGAAUCUCGUGAUACAAGCUGUCAGUGAAAUGGAAAUGAACAUUGUUUCCGCAGAAAGAGUAAAGGAAUAUACAGAACUAUAUCCUGAGGCACCUUGGUCAAUUAAGUCACGGCGUCCAAGUAGCGAAUGGCCAAGGACAGGUUCAAUUGAAUUUCGUUUGUUCAGAACAAGAUAUAGAGAGGGACUGGAGCUGACUUUGAAAGGAAUAAGUUGUCAAAUACGUUCCGGGGAAAAGGUUGGGAUUGUUGGUAGAACAGGUGCUGGGAAAUCGUCUUUGGCAUUGUCAUUAUUCAGACUGAUAGAGUCUGCAGGCGGUGCAAUUAUUAUUGAUGGAAAGAAUGUGGCUGAUAUUGGACUUCAUGAUCUGCGUAGUAAACUAACAAUACUUCCUCAGGAUCCUGUACUGUUUUCCGGCACAUUGAGAGAGAAUCUAGACCCGUUUGGCAAAUACGAUGAACAUUCUGUUUGGAAGGCACUAGAAUGUGCUCAUUUGAAACAAGCCGUAGAUCACAUGCCAGGACAACUUGAAUACGAAUGUGGAGAAGGGGGAAGUAAUCUUAGUGUAGGGCAGAGGCAACUGGUGUGUCUGGCUAGAACAUUACUUCAUAAAACAAAAAUAUUGAUACUGGACGAAGCAACCGCAGCAGUUGAUUUGGAAACAGAUGAACUUAUACAGGAAACGAUAAGGACGGAGUUUAGUGACUGUACCAUACUGACUAUUGCACAUAGACUAAAUACCGUGUUAGAUUAUGACAGGGUACUUGUACUGUCAGAGGGAAAAAUACUUGAAUUAGACGCACCUGGAAAAUUACUGCAAGAUCCCAACAGUGUGUUUUUCAAGAUGGCCAAAGAUGCAGGCCUGGUGUCAUAAUCUGAUAGAAUAAAUCAUUUAUUUAUUAAACACUUUCUAACUGUAUCGGUAACUAUCUAUCGAAUGUCGCACUGAACGAGUAUAUUGUUAAAAGAAAUAAACAACAAUUAGUGUUUUUUUUAAUUUGGUUUUGAAUGUCGUAUUCGUGGUGUGUCCUCUGUAUUGAAGUGAUUCGCAAACUGAAAUAAUGUUUUGUUUUAUGUCUGAAAGGCAACUGUUUCUAAGCAGAAGUUGCUGCAAGUAGACGAACCAAUAAGUAUUUAAUGAUUUCAGUCUAUGAAAUAAACUUUAACUCAACUUUUGUUUUUAAUUUUCUAUUACCAUCUUAUGUAUCUGACUCUUUGAUUUCUCUCUGGACUAUAUCUGCAUAGACUUCGAUUUAGUGGUGAUAUCUAUAUAUUAUUGUUUUAAGUUUGACUUAUUACUACAUUUGUGGUAUAUAGCAAGUUAUUUUGGACUUAAAACAUAUUUAAAUGAAAACAAAUGAAAUUGCAAUUAUACCUGUAAUAAUUUGCAUAGAAUAUGUAGAAAAAUAGUACAUGUUAAUAUAAUUUCUAAAAUCGCAGGAUUCAAAAACAGGUUUCGGCAUUGAUUCAUUGAUAUCACUUAGAGCAAUUGAUUAACCAAGAACCUAUCUGACUUGUCGUGUGGUUCUAUCAAACAAUCAUUGGCCAGAGGUACGCCUUGGAAGGCAUACAUGCUUCAGUUUGAUUUUUCUCUAUAUUUUUGAAGUACAAAAACACAUUACGUUGCAUACCAAAAUCAAGAGGAAAUAUUGAGCAUUUCCAGGAUACUUUUGGUAUGAAAAUCUAUUCAUUAAAUUUCAUCUGAGUUAAUAAAACAUGCAAAACUCUA